ACAUUAGGGGAGAAACCGGAAGCACCAGUCAGCUGACUUGACUGCGUCUGAUACCCGUGUUUGCGACGCUUUACGGGUCUUUAUUUAGAAUAUUUCGAGUAUAUUUUUUUAAAAACUGCUUUUAUUAGUUAGUUAAGGAGACUGAAAUGUUACGACCGAAAGCUUUGACGCAGGUUCUGAGCCAGGCGAACACGAAUGGAGUCCAGAGCACUCUCUUAUUGAAUAACGAGGGCUCUCUACUGGCUUAUUCCGGUUAUGGAGACACCGAUGCCAGAGUUACAGCAGCCAUCGCCAGCAACAUCUGGGCAGCCUACGACAAGAACGGCCACCAAGCCUUUAAUGAAGACAAGCUCAAAUUCAUCCUCAUGGACUGUAUGGAAGGAAGAGUGGCCAUCACUCGUGUAGCCAACCUGCUGCUGUGUAUGUACGCCAAAGAGACGGUGGGCUUUGGGAUGCUUAAAGCCAAGGCAGAAGCACUGGUGCAGUAUCUGGAGGAACCAUUAACUCAGGUGGCAGCAUCAUAGUGGAUCUGUGGACAAACCUCUGCACGCCGACCUGUCCUGUCUGCCUGGAGAUCACGUGAUCCAGGUCAUUCCUGGACUAUUGUCCCUCUCUGGCUGCCGUCUGAGUGAGCAGCUCUUUGCCCGUUUGUUUCUUCAGUUUACCCGAUUAGAUGUGAGGAAGAAGUCAUUUGUUAACCUGCUGAAAUGAUUCAAUUCUCUGUCAUCUCAUCAUUUACAGCUUUGCGGUUGAAAGCAGAACUGCAGCCUUUCUCACUAACUUACAAGUACAUAAUGCUGAAGAUUUGUGAAAAGCAUUGUCUGCUAAAAAAUGUGGCUAAGAAUAUUUACCUGUUAAAUAAAGAAGAUUCUGUCCAAACGUAA